AUGUUUCUAAGUCAGUCGGCUUACGCCAAAGAAAUCUUGCAACGUGCUGGAAUGCAAGAUUGUAAACCAAUAACCACACCGGUCGACAUAAAGUCCAAGCUUUCUCAAGAAGGAGGCGACAAGAUAACUGACUCAACUCUAUACCGCAGUCUUGCUGGUGCCCUGCAGUAUCUCACAUUGACUAGACCUGAUAUCCAGUAUGCUGUCCACCAGCUCUGUUUGUUCAUGCAUGAUCCGCUGGUCACUCAUCUCACUGCACUCAAGCGAGUCUUACGGUAUCUUCAGGGAACUCUGUCACACGGCUUACAGCUACACAAAUCAAGCUCAAACGUCCCCACAGCCUACACUGACGCGGACUAG